AUGCCUUCGUCGGCCACUCGCUCGAGGAGGAGAGAACGAACUAUGGGCCAGACGGCGAGAGCGGCACUGUUGUCAGUGCUGUCUACGUCAACACUCGUCACGGCGCAGUCGAGCUGUGUCUCGCUACAGGGCUCGACAACCUGUCCUGCCUUCCAAUCAUCCUCAGUUUCAACGACAGGCUUUGUCGCUGGCAUUUUCCCUUUCCUGCAGUUUGUCUCCAACCGGGACUCAUUUGACCAGCAGCUGCUGUCAUAUAUCAAGACAUCAUACGUACGGGAAAAAUAUCAAACAUUACUUGGUUGCAGCAACGUUAAUCUCACAAACCCGGAUGAACUGUAUGCUCGAUUCACGACUACAGUUAUUUGCAACGCCAUCGUCCAAAAUUCGAUAGACGCCUGCAACCUUACUGCAUCGAACUCUAAACCUGUUUGCGCCGACACAUGCGCCCAAUUUGCGCAGAGUGAAGCACUUCUUACUUCGGAUAGCAGUCUUUGUGGCAACCCGGGUAACAACCUCGUCAAUCAGAUCCGUGCCGACUUUACCAACUGCGCGCUUCCCGCCGAUUCUCUGUCUUCUUCUAACUGCAUCCAAGGCAUCAGCAAUGAGAGGGACAACUGUGGCUACGGCAACAGCACCGUGGGAUUAUGUUCCUACUGCGCAUCUGGCGGUAUUAACUCGACUGACACAUGCUGCUACAAUUCGAAUAUCGAUGAGCGAUGCAAAGGCGUUACACUCCCGUCCAUCUUUCCCACCAUGACUUUUGCCCCUCCGACUGCGACUGCGACCCCAUCCUCUACGAGCACUCCAGCCGCAGCUGCCGGCGGUUUGUCUGGCGGCGCCAUUGCCGGCAUCGUUAUCGGCAGUAUAGCCGGAGCACUAUUGCUUGCAGGACUCAUAUACGCUUGUAUCUUGCUCGCCAAGAGGAGGAGACACGGAAGCCAGAGCGGUAGUAUUUUCAACCAACCGUCUCCCUCUAGGCAAGGGCCAGCCACAGUCAAGAUUCCACCAUCACAAACCACCACCGGAUAUGAAGUACUGCCAGGAGGACGUAUUGCGCGCAUGUCGGCCUUGGAAAGCGCUUCGGAUCCAGCACCUCCAACGGGUCGCAGUCAUGCACCUCUCGCCGCCGCAGCUGCUGGCGGUGCAGCUUAUAUGGCAGGUAGAAGCAGGGGCGACGAUCCGUCCUCCUCUGAGUAUGGGGAUAGUCCUGAAUCAGGGAUUAGAGCUGGGGUCCUGCGACCCCCUCCCACUAAUAUUCGAAGAACGGGAUCUCUGUCUAGUAGUUCUGUACUUACUGGUGUCAACGAUCCUCAAUCACCGACCAGUGCUGGAAUGUCGUCUCCGCAGGGCAUGGCCAGCCAGCAGUCGGAGCAACUGCCAUUUUUCAAAGACUACUACUCUCAAGACGAUAUUCACCCUGGCGAUAGGGUCGCAACUCUCUGGGCUUACCAACCUCGCGCCCCGGAUGAGUUUUCUCUCGAGCGUGGCGAUAUGCUCAAGGUAGUUGGUAUAUGGGAUGAUGGCUGGGCGACUGGAAUUUUGAUGGGCGAACGAGUCGACGAAUGGGAAGCGCGACGAAAAGCACAGCGAGACAGCGGUGUCUCCAACACAUCUGUUCGACGCGACUCAUCACCGACCAGCGAUGAGAUCAAAGCAUUCCCUCUCGUGUGUGUCUGCUUGCCGGAGCACUGGAGGAAAACCAUUGAGGGCGACGUUUCGACCGAAGGCUCCAGCGCUCACCAAGCCCACUCAACACUCUCCUGA